CGGGGCCUCCCGCCGCGGGGGCUCGGAGCUCGGGGCCGCCGCCUUCGCCCCGGCCGCCCUGGGGCUGACGCGCCGAUCCCGCGGCAGCGCCGCUGUCCCUUCGCGCUCUCGUUCGCGCUCGGCCACGUACUGGUGGUUUGAAUCCGAGUCCAGUGCGCAUGUCUGGUUCCCUGCCCGGAGGCGCACGGACCCCGAGCAGCGCGCUCCAGGGGAGAGAGACCCAAGGAGUACAGAGCUGAAGAAAUGCCUUUAGUAAUUCUGCUACAUAUCAACAUAUGCCUUUAUUCCUCUGUAUUAGUUUGGAUUAGGAAGAAACAGCAAGAAGUAGUGGGCUUUUUGGAAGCUAAUAAGAUCGACUUUAAGGAAUUAGACAUUGCUGGAGAUGAAGACAAUAGGAAGUGGAUGAGAGAGAAUGUCCCUGGAGAGAAAAAACCUCAAAAUGGAAUCCCUUUGCCCCCCCAGAUCUUCAAUGAAGAGCAGUAUUGUGGGGAUUUUGACUCUUUCUUCUCUGCAAAAGAAGAGAAUAUUAUUUAUUCAUUUCUUGGUUUGGCUCCUCCUCCUGGCUCAAAGGUGACAAAAUCAUCCGAGGAUGCAUCUUCCCUUCCCAAUGGUGAUGUAGUGGGAGAGGUACAGAGCACCGCAGAGGGAACAGAGAAGACUGAAGAGGCUGGAGAAAAUGAGGCACAAAAAGAGGACAAUGAAGAUGCAGGCAACCUCACUGAAUCUCAGGAGAAGAAUACGGAAGAGAUCACUGAGGAGGGAGCAGAAGGGGAAGCAGAGGAAGAGGAAGCUGAGAAAGGAGAGGAGGAGCCAGAAGAAGAAGAAGAAGCAGAAGCAGAAGAUUCUUAGGCCUUUUCAUGCUUCAUUUCUCCCCUCUUCCAGAAAACUCAAGCCAUGAAGCAGUAUUUCAACUGUCUCUCCACAAACCAAAUGCUUUGGCGUGAAGCUAGCACCCCUCUCUCGGUACACCCGGGGUUCCCCGAGGAAUUGUACCUACCUGACAUGGUUAGAUGUACGCGGAUAUGUCUAUCUAAUCUUAGCAACGUGAGAGUCCAUGUGAAGACAACUCCUCCAUACCUUCAUGUGCCUGACAUCUUUGGCUUUUGCUUAAUUUUUUUUUUUUUUUUGCUCUGCAUGAAUAGAUCUUCUUACUAAUACCCUGAAAAGAAAUGAUUUUGAAACAUGAUUUCCAAAUAUAGAACUUCUCUUUGUGAUGUAAUAAAAGCAUUUCUUCGUAUGUGCCUUAUGCCACCUGUCUCAGAAUGAGCUGAAAAUAAAGAGCUUUGAAAAUAAAGAGCUUUCCAGAGAACAAUCAUACAAAUAAAGAUUAAUAGUGGCUAUCUUC